AUGAAGUCCUUGUUGUACGUUUUACUACCUAUAGUGGUACAGUCGGCAUUGCCACCUUUUUUUAUUGGAAAACCUACCACCGACACAAUUUUAAAGUAAGUGUCAAAUCGGUCUAAAGUAAAAUAAAAGUAAAAAUUCAGUUAUCGCCUAUCCAAACAGUUUCUGAGAACAGGAGCAAGUGUGACUGAUGAUUAUCCAUACUUACAAGUUCAUAACUUUACGCAAAAACUGGACCAUUUUGAUCCUUAUAAUACCGUAACUUGGAAUCAAGUAAAAACCCUUUUUGUCAACACCCAUACUAUCUCAUCCCAGAAAUAUUACUACAACCCCUCUUAUUCGAGAAAUAACUCAAUUAUUUUCUUAAUGAUUGGUGGCGAAGGUCCAGAAAGUGGUCAUUGGGCUGCAUAUCCAGAAGUGCAAUACUUGCAAUGGGCUCAAGAAUUUGGAGCUGAUGUUUUUGAUUUGGAGCAUAGAUUUUUUGGUGUAAGUCAGCCGACUGGGUUAGUUUCAAGAGAUGAAUAAAAGUUAAAACAAGAACUACUAGUUAAGAAAUAUGAACACUUCUUCUCUGCGCCUGCUGACAACACAACAAGCAUUAGCAGACCUUGCUUAUUUUAUUGAAUCGAUGAAUCAACAGCAUCAGUUUAAGAAACCCCGUUGGAUUACCUUUGGUGGAAGUUAUCCUGGAUCUCUUUCCGCUUGGUUCAGACAAAAAUAUCCAGAGCUCACAGUUGGAUCAGUAGCAAGCAGUGCACCACUUAAUUUAAAGCUGGAUUUCUACGGUAGUCUCGUUUGCAUACUUCUUUUCAACAAUGUUUCCAGAAUAUGCAAUGGUUGUUGAAACUGAUCUCAAGGUUACCGAUCCUGCGUGUGCUACUGCUGUCAAACAGGCUUUUGACCAAAUACAGCAGCUUUCGCUAACAUUAGAGGGAAGAGACAGCUUGAGUACCACUUUCAAGUGAGAGACGUUUAUAUACCGUAAAUACAUUUUUCACGGAGUCGUGGAGGGUACCUAAAUAGAAACGCGCUCUGAUGAAAUUUUCAAAAAUUUCGUUUUGGCCUAGGGGCGCUACGCAAUCGACCGUUGGUGGAAAUUCAAAUUAGAAGUUUCAAUGUUCCCGCCACGACCUCGUGUUUUACAAUGUGAAAAAAUUGUUUUUUUUCGGGGGAAGACAAAGAGCUAAAAUUUUGGUACUAACACAAAAAAAUGCCUAAAAAGAUGGGUUAAAUUUAUUUCCGCUGGGAGCGAAUUUCCGAACGGGGUUAUGCAACUGUUUGAAUAAAACUGCUAAUUAACCAACAAAAGGGGCUGAGCCAGGAAAUGGUAAUUUUGAAAAACUUCUAUUGUAAAACAUUUCCUAUAGUCAUAAUAUAGACCAAAAAUACCAAUCCCGAAUUUUUUGUGUCAACGGGGCUUCAGGUUUUCCAAGUAACUUGUCUUAGAACCAUUUGAAAAUCGAUUAAAAACUGCUCUAGCUCACCUUGCUAGGUGCCUUUUCUAUUAGAGGCGCUCUUCUAAUCCAGUAUUCAGCUUUUCACGUUGUUUUGAUAAUUCUUACAAAAACAAAAAAAUGGUGAAAAACAACAGGGCCUAAGAUGUGGUUUUUAUCUCAACUAGACAUUUUAGUUUGGUUCCCAAGUUUGAUUCAAAUACGACCAAGCUGGAUAUAAGUAAUUUCUUUGGAAAUUUGUUUAACACGUUUCAAGGAAUGACACAGUACACAUAUGAUGGACAGGUGAGUUUUUAAACUUUUUGUUUUAAGAAAUUCUAUUAAUGGAAUUAAUAAUUUUUGUUUAAUAGAGCGAUAGAACUCAUUCAAACAUGACUGUUAGAAAAAUGUGUGACAUCAUGACAAACCAAACGGUGACCAGUCUUGUGCAACGAACACGAAACCUAUUUUUGUGGUACAAUAUGUUUGAUCCAGCAGGACCAGAUCUUUCUAUCAUGCCAAACAGUUAUUAUGAUGUGAUUCAACAACUGAGUAACGGGGAUUUGCAAAUUCUAGGAGAGGAUGGAGGUUAGACUUUUCAAUAAUCAAUCGAAAAAUGUGUUUGCAGCUGCUGCGCGAGGUUGGAUGUGGUUGUGUUGCAAUGAAAUAGGAUUUCUCCAAACGACAAACCAAGGAUCGAAUGUUUUUGGAUCAAAUGUGCCGUUAAAGUUUGCCAUUUGAAUAUUUCACAAUAUUCUCAGCAUUCUUUUGAGUUUGUUCGUUGAUAUGUGCACCGACAUGUUUGGGCCGGAUAUCAAAAUUACGCAAAUUCGCAAUCGAAACACAAAAUCACAAACAUACUAUGGCGGAGCUGAUUUUUACGAAGUGAGUUAGAUGUUUUGAUUAAGCUGCUUCAAUGCGUUUGUAUUACAGGCAACAAAUGUGGUUCUUCCACACGGGUCACUUGAUCCUUGGCAUUCCUUGGGAACAUACAAAACCAAACAAAAUCAAGCAAAACUACCAUACUUGAUAAACGGAACAGCACAUUGCUCAGAUAUGUAUCCGUCUUAUGAGGGAGAGCCUGCAGCUCUGCCAGCUGCGCGAGCAUUCAUAAAGGAAAACGUCAAACAGUUCAUUAGUGAGUUAACUAGACAUUACCAAUUGUUUUUCACUGAUUUAUAUUCGCCAUGCAAAAAAUUAUUCAUUAUUGCAGAUUAUGAUCCGAACGUGGACGGACCAGAUUCUUCCACUUUUAACAUGAGAUAUUGCUUAAUUAUAAUGCUUUCGUUCAUAAAUGCCUUAAUUUAA